AUGGAGCCGAGCCUUCCGGCCAUCACACACGUCAUCUUCGACGUCGACGGCCUGCUGCUCAACACGGAGAGCCUGUACACUCAGACCACGGAGCGUGUGGUCGGCCAGUUUGGCAAGCAAUUCACGUGGGAGCUCAAGCUGCAGCAGAUGGGCAAAAAGGGCAGCGAGGCCGCUGCUGACAUCGUGCGCAGCCUGGACCUGCCGCUGACCCCGGAGGAGUACCUGGAGCAGUCAGGCCGCAUCUGGCAGCAGCUGUUCCCUACCACUGAGCUGAUGCCUGGGGCAGAGCGGCUCGUGCGCCACCUGCACCGCCACGGCGUGCCCAUGGCGCUGGCGUCCGGCGGCGGUGCGCCCGCCUUCAAGCUGAAGACGAGCCGACACGGCGCGCUGUUCGCGCUCUUCACGCACGCUGUUCUUGCCUCCACGGAGCCGGAGGUGACGAACGGGAAGCCGGCGCCCGACGUGUAUCAGAACGUGCUCACCUUCGAGGACGCUCCCAACGGCGUGCUGUCGGCGCGCGCCGCCGGCAUGCCGUGCAUCAUGGUGCCCGACCCGCGCAUGCCGGAGGAAAUGACUCGGCCCGCCACGUUAGUGCUGACAUCUCUGGAACAUUUUCGGCCCGAAGACUUCGGACUACCCCCGUUUGAGGCAUAG